AUGCCGAAGGGAGCGAAAUUUGAACUGCCAUUGGAAAAUGAGGAGUGCUAUGAUGUAUAUUGGAGGACGUAUUCUUGCUCUGAUCAAAUACUAUUAGAUUGUUUCGAUUUAGAUGGUGCGCACUGGUAUGGUGGCUACGAGGACUGGAACCAGUUCUGGCCCAUGGAACAGACGUCAUUGAAUCUCUCAGCUUUCGUUGCUAAUGAUUCAUACGCCAAGCGUAUUGGUGGUGUACAGGAACGUUAUUUCAUCAAUACACACGGAAUAGGGAUAAACAUUAGUAGCGAUGUUCCGCUUUAUAUUAGUAUCAACCAAACGUUUGAUAAGAAAAUCUGCCUAAUGGCUAAAUAUGAAAAGUAUCCAUAUACAAACAUUAAAGGGGGUUAUCCUCACUUGUCUUACAAAAUUUGUGUCGCCGAUAACGUUCGAAAGAUUCAUGAUUUCAUGUCGGCUUCAUUUUCUAAACCAUCAGAUAUACCAGAUAGAAAAUUAUUUAAGUAUCCGAUUUGGUCAACAUGGGCCCAGUACCAUAAAGAUAUAAAUCAAACAACUGUGAUGGAGUUUGCUUCAAAUAUUCUAAAUUAUAAUUUUUCGCAUUCACAAGUAGAAAUAGAUGAUGACUGGACUCCGAAAUAUGGUGAUAUGGUUUUUAAUGUCAACAAAUUUCCUAAUGCAACUGAAAUGGUUAAACAACUAAAUGCUAUGGGAUUUAGAGUAACUAUUUGGGUCCAUCCAUUCUUCAAUAUUGAUUCAUUAACAUUUCAAGAAGCAGCAUCUAAAUUCUUUCUGGUAAGACAAUAUGAUUCAUUACUGCCGGCUCUUGUUUCAUGGUGGGAUGGGAAUGCAGCGGGGAUUUUAGAUGUUUCAAAUAAUGAUGCAGUGCAGUGGUUUAUUGAUAAAUUACAAUUUUUACAGAAAACAUACAAUUUAAGUUCGUUCAAAUUUGAUGCAGGCGAAACAAACUGGCUGCCAAAUAUUUUCGAAACCACAUAUGACAGUCCGAAUUUCUAUCCAACUAAAUGGGCCGAGUUAGCAUAUGCCUCUGAUACUGGUGUUCGCCAUCAAGAAGUUCGAGUUGGUGUCAGCACACAACAUUUACCAGUAUUUGUACGCAUGCUUGAUAAAAAUUCGAACUGGGAAAAUAAAAAUGGAUUAAAAACGCUGAUCAAUACUGCAUUGGCAUUCGGCUUACUUGGAUAUCCAUUCGUAUUGCCUGAUAUGAUAGGAGGAAAUGCAUAUGAAGGAAAUAAGCCAGACCGUGAGUUAUUUAUUAGGUGGUUAGAGGCUACUGCACUACUUCCGGCCAUGCAGUUUUCUAUUGUACCAUGGCAGUACGACGAUGAAGUUGUCAAUAUAUCCCGAAAAUUUGUGAAGUUGCACGAAGAAUAUUCCGAUCUUAUAAUUGAACUGGCGGAAGAAUCUGUUCAGACCGGUGCUCCUAUUAUUCGCCCGUUAUGGUGGAUAGCCCCGUUAGAUAAAGAGUGCCAAACAAUUGACUCCGAAUUUUUGCUUGGAAAUAACACACUUGUAGCACCUGUGUUAGACAAGGGGGCAAGUUCAAGAGAUAUAUAUUUACCUCUAGGCAGAUGGAGGGCGUUAUUAGACGGACGGGUUAUUAAUGGCCCUCAAUAUUUGCGUAAUUAUAAUGUCAAACUUGAUGAACUACCCAUAUUCACUCGUAUAUGAUGACAAUUUAAUCAUUUUGAAAAGACUUUAACUUGUUAAGUGCUUUAUA